UAAAGGAGGAGUCGUUCCACGCAGGUUGGCUACGUCAAGGAGCAACCUGAGCUGCCAAGGGCAUCCCACGGGCAGCAGCUGGCGGGGUGCUGGGCGGGAGCGGAGGUGGCUGCAGGCAGCAGAGCGCUGCAGUGCCGGCCCUGCUGCCUGUGUCCCAGCUGGCUGCAGCCGGUGCCAAUGUGGAAGCACUGGGAGCAGCGAGUGGGUGGCGUUUGAGCAGCCCUGACAUGGCCCGGCUCGGCGGGGGAACAGGGCAGGAUGCUGUGGCUGCAGGAGGGGGCUGGCUGGAUCCGGGCCCUGAGGCGGGGAACGUCAGCACGGAGCCCUCUGGCAGCACGUCCCACCCCAAGCAGGGCUGUGCCUGGAGCCCCCGUUCCGAGGGUGCCGAGGAGCCGCUGCUGCUCCCCACCUUCUCGCCCGCAGCCCAGGCCCGCGUGGCUGCCACCUUCGUGCUCUUUGUGCUCUCGGCCGGCUGCAACGUGGCGGUGCUGCGGGCGGCAGGGGGCCGGGGGGGCGGCGGGCGCUCCCACAUCCGCCUGCUGCUGCGGCACCUGGCUGCCGCCGACCUGCUGGUGACGGUGGUGGUGAUGCCGUUGGAUGCCGUCUGGAACAUCACGCUGCAGUGGCGGGCGGGCGACCUGGCCUGCCGCCUCCUCAUGUACCUGCGCCUGCUGGCCAUGUACGCCUCCGCCUUCGUCACCGUUGUCAUCAGCCUGGACCGGCAGGCCGCCAUCCUGCGCCCGUUGGCCAUCGCCCGCGCGCGCCGCAGGAACCGCGCCAUGCUCCGUGCCGCGUGGAUGCUGAGCGCUGCGCUCGCUGUGCCGCAGCUGUUCCUCUUCCACACCGUCACCCUGCACGCCCCGCACAACUUCACGCAGUGCACCACGCGCGGCAGCUUCCCGCAGCCCUGGCACGAGACCCUCUACAACAUGCUGAGCUUCUCCUGCCUCUUCCUGCUGCCGCUGCUCAUCAUGGUGUGCUGCUACACACGCAUCCUGCUCGAGAUCUCCCGGCGCAUGGGCUCCAGCCUCUUCUCCUCCAGGGACGUGCCGCUGCGGUGCUCUGGGAACAACAUCCCACGGGCACGGCUACGCACGCUGAAGAUGAGCCUGGUCAUCGUCUCCUCCUUCAUCCUCUGUUGGACCCCCUACUACCUGCUGGGGCUGUGGUACUGGUUCUGCCCACGGGCCAUGCAGCAAAAGGUCCCGCCAUCCCUCUCCCACAUCCUCUUCAUCUUCGGCCUCUUCAAUGCCUGCCUGGACCCCAUCACCUAUGGGCUCUUCACCAUCCCCUUCCAGAGGCGCUGCAGUUGUCCCUGUGGGCACAGCCCUGAGCCUGAGCCACCCUCCUCAGCCACGGGUUCCUUCCACUGUUCGGCCUCAUCUCUGCGGGGCAGGCAGAGUACAGGCGGCACAGAGGGGCCACAGCCACCUAUCGAGCUGGGGCUGCCCACUGGGGCCAGUUCCUGCCAGAGCAGUGCGCCGUGAGCCAGGGCAGUGUGAUGCCACGAAGAUGGCACUGUGUGACCAGCAAGGGCACAACAGCAAGGGCAGGCGGUGGGGGCUCUGCUCCAAAAUUCUUCUGUAAGUGGUAGAGCAGAGCUGCUCCUACAGCCAGGUGGGUGUGAGCCACCCCUCUUCCCUCUCUGCACCCAUUUAUGUUACAUGCUGGAGCACAACACGGUAAUAAAGCAUCCUGUGGCCAUCUUGUGUGCUGCCUGCAUCCAUGGGUGUGGCUGCACUGGGGCUGGGGAUGGGUUGUGUAGGGACCCUGGCUGUUGUUCCCAAGGCCAGGGUGGCUUCCAUCUCCAGCAACAGUGCUGCUGGGGGCUGCACAGAGCAGAGCUUGCGGUCCCUCUGGUCCUGUGCCAGCCCUGCACCCGCUUGCUGCUGGGAACAGGAUCCGGGCUGCUGCUGAAGGUCGUUGUGAGGUGCUGGAGCCUGGCAGCGCCCAGCAGCCAAGCAGCUGCUCCAAGGCCAGUGCUGCUGCCGGGGCCAGGGACGCAGCUUUGCUGCUCUGCUACUGUGGGGGCUGCUGCCCCGGCCCCAGCGUGGGCUGUGGCUGUGGUUCCUGCAAGGGUGGGGGCCGCUGGUGGGGAGAGGGCAGCGAGAGCCACUCCUCAGCGGGGUUCCCCAGGUCUGGUACAUGGAAUUGUGUGGUAAGUGCAUUUGUCAGAUCCUGAUGCUGCUGCUGGCCCAGUCUGGACCUGUGCAAGCAGGCAGUGGACACAGGAAGAAUUUGGAGCUGCCAAAAUGCAUCCCCUUGGAUAGAGGUCUGCAGUAAGAGUCUGGCAUUGCUCCAGCAGGUGCAUGGGUGGGAUGGGCACAGUGAGCUCUGGGCACCCAUCCUUGCACCCCGUU